AUGCCAGCUGUUCCGUCCGUUUCGCGACAGCAAGCCGUCGAGGCGAUCCGAGAUCAGUUCACACUCGACAAGCCUUUGCUCGAGUCGCUCGUCGCGCGUUUUCAGGAGCUUUACAAUUAUGGCCUCGCCAAUCAUGGAGCCGAGAUGCAAAUGAUCCCAUCCUUCGUCACUGGUGUUCCUACCGGCUCGGAAAAGGGUACCUACCUUGCUCUUGACCUUGGAGGAACCAAUCUACGUGUUUGCGAAGUGGCUCUCGACGGCAAGGGCACGUUUGCCAUAAAGCAAGAAAAGUACAAGGUCUCUGACCAGCUCAAACAGGGCCCUGUUCGUGAUCUCUUUGAUUACAUGGCCACCAGUGUCGACAAUUUCUUGACCGACUUUGGCACCUCGUCCACCGAAGAUGUGCUUCACCUCGGCUUCACUUUCAGUUUCCCCGUCGAGCAGACGGCCAUCGACAGUGGUCACCUCAUUCACUGGACCAAGGGCUUCAAUUGCCCGGAUGCUCCUGGCAAAGAUGUCGUCCAACUGUUGCAGGAAGCGCUCGAUCGUAAGCACAUCAAGGUCAAGUGCAGCGCUCUCGUUAAUGACACGGUCGGGGCGCUUCUUGCUCACGCCUACGCUUCCAACGGGGCGCUCAUCAGCGCCAUCUUUGGAACCGGUACCAACGGCGCUUACCUCGAGCACAUUUCGAAAAUCAAGAAGCUCAAGACGGCUCAUGGCUCGGUUUCGCACAUGGUCAUCAACACGGAAUGGGGAGGUUUCGACGACGAUCGCAAGGCGCUACCGGUCACCAUCUACGACAACCAGGUCGAUCGCGAAUCCAUUCGACCAAGGAACCACAUUUUCGAGAAAAUGAUCAGCGGCAUGUACCUCGGCGAAGUAGCACGCUGCGUUUUGCUCCACCUCGUCGAUCAGCUCGUGCUCUUCCAAGGCUUUUCAUCCAAGUUGUUCAACACGCAAUAUGCUUUUGACACAGCCUACAUGUCGGCUAUCGAGGCGGAUACCCAAGACGCCGCUUCGCCCACCAGCGCAACACGCAAAGUGCUGGUGCAGACGAUGCAGAUCAAGGACGAAUACGUGUCUGCUGAAGAUGUCGAGACGGUACGCACCAUUUGCAACAUCGUCGGCACACGUGCAGCGAGAUUGAGUGCUGUGGCAAUUGCAGCUACCAUGGUGCAGACGGGCAACGUGCAGGGCACAGGCUUGAACGAUGACGGUGUCAAGGUCGGUAUGGACGGAAGUGUAAUCGAGUACUACCCAUACUUUGAGGAGCGCAUGCGCGGAGCUUUGCGCGAGCUCAUUGGCGAACAAGGCGAAAAGCGUGUCAAGAUCGGUCUGGCCAAGGACGGAAGUGGUGUAGGUGCUGCGUUGGGCGCACUUCAAGCUGCUAAGCAGGCCGCCAGCGGUCAUCGUGUCGAAACCUGA